AUGGUGGCGCUAGAGGAAAGGUAUGCAGUCCAUAUCUCUGUCUUGGUGAUGGUCUGCCACAGGAUUCUGGUCACAGCUGACAUCCACAACAUUCACAGGUAUACUAUGAUCACGGCCGUCAGCUACCUCGCAGUGUGUCAGGUGAGCAGAGUCUUCAUCUAUAACUAUGGGAUCCUCUCAACAGACUUCUCUGGGCCGUUGAUGAUAAUUACCCAGAAAACCACUAUGUUAGCUUUUCAAGUGCAUGAUGGUAUGUGUAAAAAGCGCGAGGACCUCACGGCCAAUCAGAGGCUCCAUGCUGUAGACUCCAAGCCGUCUCUGAUAGAAUACCUGAGCUACAACCUGAACUUCCUCAGUAUCCUGGUCGGACCCUGCAGUCACUAUAAGGACUACAUAGACUUUAUAGAGGGGAGACACAUUCAGAGGAGGCUGAGAAGGCUUUCAGCGUCCAACACUGGACAGAAUGGAUAUGAUAAAGUCUCAGAGCCCUCACCUAUGGCUGCUGUCACACGUAAACUGCUGAUCUGUGGCGUGUGCAUGGUUUUGUUCCUGACCCUCACCAAAGCGUUCCCCGUCACGUAUAACGUUGACAGCCAUUUCGUCAACGAGGCACCUUUCCUGACCAGACUGACGUAUGCCGCCUUCUCUAUACAAGCCGCUAGACCCAAGUUCUACUUCGCCUGGACUUUAGCGGAUGCCAUCAACAACGCAGCAGGUUAUGGUUUUAAAGGUGUGGAUGAAGCUGGACAGGUGUCCUGGGACCUCAUCUCCAACAUCAGUAUCUGGGGGAUUGAGACAGCAACUAGCUUCAAGAAGUUCAUAGAUAACUGGAAUAUUCAGACUGGUGUUUGGCUCAAAACUGUGUGUUACGACCGUGCUCCCCGUUACCCCACAGCUCUGACCUUCAUCCUGUCAGCUCUAUGGCAUGGAGUUUACCCCGGAUACUACUUCACCUUUAUUACUGCUAUACCCAUCACACUGGCAGCUAGAGCUGUCCGUAAGAACGUCCGUCAGUAUUUCCUGUCCUCUUAUCCUGUGAAGCUUGUCUAUGACGUAGUGACCUGGGCAGCUACUCAGCUGUGUAUCUGCUACACCGUCAUGCCCUUCUUACUGCUGGCAGUAGAACCUACCAUGCAGUACUACAGGUCAAUGUACUUCCACAUUCACAUCAUCAGUAUUCUGACUGUGAUUGUACUGAGCCAGAGCCACAAACCAAGAGGCAGCAGCAGCAACGGCACCAAGCCUGGACCAUACGAGCCUCAUCCCCAGGCCCAGCCUCAGCUCCAGCCCUCCAACAACAACGUGAAAAGAAAGUGAAGUGUCCCUCUGUGUGUGGAGGCAGCCAGAGACCUGAAUGGGCCCACUGGGUCAGACAAAGACGUCUCUGUGUGUCCACAACAAAGAGAGAGCUCAGCGGGGUGUAGGGGGGGCUCAGAGGGGCCGAGGGACUGUGCCUGCUGGCUGGUCGGCCUUGCCACCCUGUACAUCCAACACUUUUACUGCCAGGCUCUAAAAGGCCUCUCUCUGCCCUGCUUGCCAAUUCUCUGUUCUUUCUUUCCAAGUGUGCACUUGUUCACUUCCCUUCAUGGAUCUGAAAGGGAAGGACUGGCAUACGAUCUCCCUCUAGUCCAGCCCAUAAACUCACCAAUACAACACUUUUAGUUCAAUGUGUGGGAAGCUGUGCACAAGUGAGAUGGUAUACUUCAGGAGAAAGAUCUGAGAAUUGGACAGACAGACAGAUAGAGACCCAGAGACAGACAGACAGAUAGAGACCCAGAGACAGACAGACAGAUGGAGACCCAGAGACAGACAGACGGAGACCCAGAGACAGACAGACAGACAGAGACCCAGAGACAGACAGACAGACGGAGACCCAGAGACAGACAGUCAGACAGAGACCCAGAGACAGACAGACAGACGGACAGAGACCCAGAGACGGACAGAGACCCAGAGACGGACAGACAGACGGACGGAGACCCAGAGACGGACAGACGGAGACCCAGAGACGGACAGACGGAGACCCAGAGACGGACAGACGGAGACCCAGAGACGGACAGACGGAGACCCAGAGACGGACAGACGGAGACCCAGAGACGGACAGACGGAGACCCAGAGACGGACGGACGGAGACCCAGAGACGGACGGACGGAGACCCAGAGACGGACGGACAGAGACCCAGAGACAGACUGACAGAGACCCAGAGACAGACAGACAGAGACCCAGAGACAGACAGACAGACAGACAGAGACCCAGAGACAGACAGACAGAGACCCAGAGACAGACAGACAGAUACCCAUUGUCGUACGGACAGAGACCCAGAGACGGAC